UUAAUACUGCAGCUGUUAUUUUUUGCCUAUUCAUUGUAUAUCUGUCUCAUAAUUCGUAUUUCGUAGUAGUAAUUUUUGUAGCAGUAAGCAGAUAAAACAAUUGGAAUUUGGAUUGCAUUGUUGGCAUUGGUUUAUGUAUAUUUGCCGGUGAGUAUUUGUUUAACCGGUGAAUACACUACACUACAACAAAUGAUAAUUAAGUCUAUUGUUUCAUUCAAGACAAGUGCAUUUCAACUUUACAGAGGUUGUACAAGAAAAGUGUAUCGAACAAUGUCAUCACAACCCCUCACUUUGGAUACAUUGAACAAACUGCGAGAUGAUUUCUAUAAGUGUCCAAAAAAUGAGCUCGCUCAGAAUGUGUGCACUCGCUUUGAUCCCUUCGAAGUGGCCAUCAGCAAGCGGAAGACUGAUGCUGCCUUACAUGUCUAUAACAUCAAGGUUGAAAGUGAAGGCAAGCCAGUGACAAAUCAAGAGAACUCUGGCCGUUGUUGGUUAUUUGCCGCACUCAAUGUUAUGCGCUUGCCGUUUAUGAAGAAAUAUGGCAUUGAAGAGUUUGAGUUCUCGCAGACUUAUCUGUUCUUCUGGGAUAAAAUAGAACGGUCCCAUUACUGGUUGAACAACAUCGUUAAUACGGCGAAGCAGGGUGAGAAACUUGAGGGGAGAUUGGUUAACUUCUUGUUGAAGGAUCCAAUAAACGACGGUGGUCAAUGGGACAUGAUAGUGAACCUCGUUAACAAGUAUGGUGUGAUGCCCAAAAAGUGCUUCCCGGAGUCUUUCAGCUCAAGACGGAGCUUGCACAUGAACGCUAUUAUUAAAACUAAGCUGCGGGAAUUCGCGAAAGAGCUACGUGAACUAGUUGCCAACAAAGCGAGUGACGAUGAAAUACAAGCCACCAUUAACAAGCAGAUUGGAGUCAUCUACCACAUUGUAGCUACUUGCUUGGGUACCCCGCCAGAACAAUUCACAUUCGAGUACUACAACAAGGAGAAGGCAUACAACAAGAUUGGUCCGAUCUCUCCGCUGCAGUUUUACAAUGAACAUGUUCGCCCGUUGUUCAAUGUUGAUGAUAAGGUGUGUCUAGUAAGCGACCCCCGGGAAUCGAACCCGUUCGGCGCGCUAUACACGCUGCAGUGUCUCGGCAACGUGGUGGGGGGGAGACAAACGGCAUACAACAAUCAGCCUAUUGAGACGCUUAUUAAAGUGGUGAAGGACAGUAUAACGGGCGGGGAGGCGGUGUGGUUCGGCUGCGAAGUGUCCAAACGUUUUGAGAGGAAAAAUGGAUUAGAAGACUUGGAUGCACAAGACUACAAGCUGGUAUUCAACACGGAGGUGCAAGUGGGCCUGUGCAAGGCGGAGCGGCUGCUGUACGGCGACUCGUGCAUGACGCACGCCAUGGUGUUCACCGCCGUCGGCACUGACGACGAAGGCAACGUGCGCAAGUUCCGCGUGGAGAACUCGUACAGCGACAAGGAGUUCGACAAGGGAUACUUGCUGCUCACCGAGCCCUGGUUCCGAGAGUUUGUGUUUGAGGUGGUAGUAGAUAAGAAGUAUGUUCCCAGCGAAGUGCUAGAUGUGUUCAAGCAAGAAGCCGUGGUGUUGCCAGCGUGGGACCCGAUGGGCACACUCGCAUGUCCCGUGUGUAACAAGGAGUAGUGUUGCCAGCAUGCCUUAGAUUUGUAGGGAAAGUGCAGUUUAUUGUCUACUAGCUUACCGCCCGCGGCUUCGCCCGCUUUGUCUAAAACCUAAUAAAUUAUAUACUAAAACCUUCCUCUUGAAUCACUCUAUCUAUUAAAAAAAUCCGUUGCGUAGUUUUAAAGAUGUAAGCAUACAAAGGGACAUCGGGACAGAGAAAGCGACUUUGUUUUAUACUUUGUAGUGAUUAUGGUCUCUUGUUUUUCUGCAAAAUUUAGAGGAUACGUCAUGUGUUAUAGAAAUAAUUUGUAUUUGUGAAUUUCUGGAAAAUUUUGGGGCUGUUUUGUAAUGGUACAGUUAAGAUUAGUGAAAUAGUCAAAUAAAUAUCUUUGUCAUUUCAUCUUAAGUAUUCUAAAUUUUUAUUAGAAAAUGUUCAAUUAUAUUCAGUCACAAUUUUAUAUUUUUAUGAAUUUUUUGGUGCUGUAUUCAAUUUACCAUAAUAGAAUAAUAACCUUACCUGUC